UAUUAACCGAUUCUCAGACCUUCUGUAUAUGCAUAUAAAAUUUGAUAAAAAUCGGUCAAUCCAUUUCGGAGGAGUAUGGUAACUAACAUUGUGACACGAGAAUUUUAUAUACAAGAUGCGAAAAAAUCUUAUGACCACAUGAACAAUCCUAUUCCUAUGCUGGACUUACGACAAUGUCCGGCCAUUCCAUGAAUUAUUAACUUCUACAAUCGCAACGCAACCAUCGUUAACCAUUGCGCCUUCAUCAUCUGAUAUUUUCGAUAGUUAUUGUCUGAACAAUGUGCUAGCAAAGACAUGUAGAAAAUUAAAAUACGAAAACUUAUCUGAACUUCUUGAUAGUGAAUGGCUACCGUAGCCUACAGUAAUUUGCUAUACCAGCGUAUCACUCGUACGUUGCCUCAUCGGAAACCUGGAACCUGGGAGUCCAAUGCUGUACUGUUCUCCAGUCCUAGUCUAGACCCUCAAAGUAUGGUGUGUAUUGUUGCAGAGAAAUCAGUUCAGUACGUGGAGAGUGGUCGGUGCGUCGUGUCGGAGACAGCGGCCGGCUGCCGUCGAGCGUGCAUGACGCUGCACACAACCGCCAAAACUGUCCGCAGCGUCACCGGGUUUGGGGACGGCGAGAUCCUAAGAGGACCUCAAGCCGAGAAUUGGCGAGUGCCUCUAGAGCCUAUAUAUGUCCCCACUGCUGGAGCACAGGCCUUCCCUAUGGAUGGAAUAGGGAGAUUGGGCCAUGACCCACCACGCGGGCCCAGUGCGGAUUGGUGGGUGCUAACGACUGCAGAUGCAGCCGGGACCAACGGCUUAACGUGCCUUCCGAAGCACGGAGGAGUUCGAGAUAGUAAAUUUUUUGGUCACCCAUCCAAUGACCGACCAUUGCGAAAGUUGCUUAACUUCAACGAUCGCAGCCGAACGCGCUUACCACUUGCGCCAUCUAGCUCCUCCUUGCACCGGAAGCUGUUGCCGCUCCGGCAGACGUGACUGGCGCCGCGGGGCCGCCGCCCGCAUGCCGCCCGCGCCGACGGGACCGUGAGCCCUCUGCCGCUAUUGCUGAUCCAGUGUCAAAAAUCACUUUAUAA